AUGAUAACAAAGUUUCAUACUGUUGCUUUGUUUGAUGAGAGAGAUAGCGACUCAUGGAAGGAUGCUUAUUUUGUCCUAGUCACCUUGAAAUGGCUAUUGGCUGUGGAGAAGAUUCCUGUAUCAUUUCUAUCUGAGGAGAAUUAUCUUGGUUCAUAUGUUUUUCCUUUGCUGGAAGAAACACGAGCAGAACUGGCUUCCAGUAUGGAAAUUCUAGACACAGCACCUUUUGCUGUUUUUAAAGAGUGUAAGAUCUAUGGAGAAUUACUAUACGAUGUCAAGGUUGAUUACUGGAGAAACACAUUUAAUGAUCGUGCUAAAGAGCCUUACAGAACGUUGCCUGGAGAUAUUUUUGUCAUCUCAGAUGUGAAACCUGAGACUAUUUCUGAUUUACAACGUUCGGGAAGGACCUGGACUUUUGCGUCAGUCACAUAUAUCACGGAGAAUGAGAAUGAAGAUGAUAGCACAAUUACUCAAUUUAGAAUCAAAGCAUCAAAAGACAUUGAAGUCAAAGAUGGGAUGCAGAAGUCCAUGUUCGUGGUUUUCUUGAGAAAUAUAACAAGAAGCAAAAGAAUAUGGAAUAUGUUGCACAAGUUGACAAAUAUGAAGAUUAUCAAGAAAAUCCUGUGCACUGAUUCCAUGGUUGAGGAAACUUGUGAUCGUUGUUCUGGACAUAAUAAUAGCCAAUUAGCUGAAAGAUUCAGUAUGAGACUUUUGUCCAAGCUGAAUGAACCCCAUACCGAGGCAAUCUUGGCUUCUCUCCAUAAAAUGGAAUGUAACCACAAGACUUAUGUGAAACUUAUAUGGGGCCCACCUGGAACAGGGAAAACUAUGACUGUCAGUGUGAUGCUGUUUAGCCUCUUAAGUCUGAACUGCCACAGGAUCCUUACUUGUGCCCCAACAAGUGUAGCAAUAAAGGAAGUAGCCUCUCGGGUGCUAAAGAUGGUUAAAGAAUCAUUUGAAGCUGAAUCUAGAGGGGAUUAUUUGUUUUGUCCAUUGGGGGAUAUUUUAUUACUUGGGAAUGAGGACCGGCUGAAAAUUGGGGGAUCAGACAUUAAGGAUAUCUAUCUGGAUUAUCGUGUUAAAAGGCUUGAAGAGUGCUUAGGAAUCUGCGAAGAAGGUUGGAAGCACUGUUUAGAUUCCAUGAUAGAUUUUCUUGAAAACUGUGUUUCUCAAUACCAUAUUUUUGUGGAAAAUGAAUUGAUCAAGGCAAAAGAACUCUGCAAAGAAGGUGAACCUACAGAGGUGGAAUUAAAAUCAUUUCUUGAGUUUGCAAGAGACCGAUUCAAAUCUACUGCAUCACCACUCAGGAGUUGUUUAUUUAUAAUCUGUACCCAUUUACCAAAGCAUUACAUUCCAGAACAUAAUUUUCAAAACAUUGUAUCUGUUUUUAAUUUACUUGAUUCGUUGGAAAAGUUGUUUCAAGAAAAUGUGGAUUCUGAAGAAUUGGAGGAGAUUCUUUCACGUCAGGAAACUGUUGAAGACACUUCUGAGUCUCUUGUGGAUCCAUCAUUACUGCUGCUGAGCAGGAAACAAAGCAAGUGUCUUUCUGUUUUGAGAACUCUUCAGCUUUCUCUUGAGGAACUUAAUCUUCCAAGUGUUACGAUCAGAGAUUCAAUAAUGGAAUUUUGUUUUCAAAGAGCUUCCUUAAUUUUCUGCACUACUUCCAGUUCAUAUAAGCUUCAUUGGGUGAAAAUGGAACCACUGACCUUGCUUGUUAUUGAUGAAGCUGCCCAGUUGAAGGAGUGUGAAUCAACCAUACCCCUUCAACUUCCGGGUAUGAGGCAUGCUAUUCUCAUUGGUGAUGAGCGCCAAUUACCAGCAAUGGUCAUGAGUGAAGUUUCUGGUCAUGCUGGUUUUGGAAGAAGCUUAUUCGAAAGAUUGAGUUCAUCCAGACAUUCUAAGCAUCUGCUUAAUAUACAAUAUAGAAUGCAUCCGAAAAUUAGUUUCUUCCCUAAUUUAAAAUUUUAUCACAAAUCGAUCUUGGAUGCACCAAAUGUUAGCAGUAAAAGUUAUGAGAGACACUAUCUUCCAGGGCCAAUGUUUGGUCCUUACUCUUUCAUAAAUGUUAUUGGCGGAAAAGAAGAACUGGAUGAUGUUGGACAUAGCCGGAGAAAUAUGGUUGAGGUAGCUAUUAUUUUGAAGAUAGUGCAGAAUCUGUACAAAGCUUGGAAUGGCUCUGAAAAGAAGCUUAGCAUUGGUGUGGUGUCUCCCUACGCUGCUCAAGUUGUGGCCAUUCAAGAAAAACUUGGACGGAAGUAUGAGAACCUUGAUGGUUUCAUGGUGACGGUGAAGUCUAUUGAUGGGUUUCAGGGUGGAGAGGACGAUAUUGUAAUAAUGUCUACUGUAAGAACUAAUAAAGAAGGAUCCAUCGGGUUCUUAGCCAGCCGUCAAAGAACUAACGUUGCUUUGACAAGAGCUCGGCACUGUCUUUGGGUUCUUGGAAAUGAGAAAACCCUAUCCAAAAGUCGAUCAGUUUGGACAGAAUUAGUCCAAGAUGCUAAGUAUCGUCAAUGUUUCUUCAAUGCCGAUGAAGACAGGGAUAUGGCCAAAACCAUAUUAAAUGUGAAGAAAGAACUUGAUCAACUUGAUGAUUUGCUUAAUGAGGACAGUGUACUUUUCAAAAGUGCAAGGUGGCAGGUUCUUUUCAGUGAUCAAUUUAGAAAGUCAUUUGGAAAAUUGACGUCUGACCGUACAAAGAAGUCUGUGUUGAACCUUUUACUUAAGCUAUCUAGUGGUUGGCGACCUAAGAAAAGGAAUGUGGACUCUGUUUGUGAAAGCUCUUCACAGAUCGUUAAACAAUUCAAGGUUGAAGGGCUCUAUGCUGUAUGCACGAUUGACAUAGUGAAGAAAUCUAGGUACAUCCAAGUUUUGAAGGUUUGGGACAUAUUGCCUUUAGAGGGGAUCUCGCAAUUGGUGAAACGUCUUGAUAGCAUUUUUGCAAUGUACACAGAUGAUUUUAUCAAUUGCUGCAAGGAGAAAAGUCUUGAGGGGGACUUGGAAAUUCCAAAGAGUUGGGGUACCUCUUAUGAUGUUGUCCAGUUUAAGAAUAUUUGCAACAAUGAAUUUGGGAGUGAAUUAAGUGUUGCAGCAGUUGAUGGUAGAAGUUAUGUUGAGAAGUCAAAGGUUAGUGAAAGCUUGUUGCUGAUGAAAUUCUACUCAUUAUCAUCUGGAGUUGUGAGACACCUGCUUUCUGGCUUCGAUGGUGGGGAACUGGAUCUCCCCUUUGAAGUAACAGAUCAGGAGAUGGAAAUUAUUCUCUUUAGUAAAAGCAUCUUUAUAGUUGGACGGUCGGGCACCGGAAAAACUACUGUUUUGACCAUGAAAUUAUUUCGAAAGGAGCAACAACACCGUAUGGCUACAGAUGGAUUUUAUGUAGGUGAGAGCAGUACCACUAAGGGUUCGCGCCAUAUAAACGAGUUUAAUGAGUGCAUUGGAGAGACUAAGGGAACUGUCCUGCGGCAGCUAUUUGUUACAGUUAGUCCAAAAUUGUGUUAUGCUGUCAAACAACAUGUUUCACGGCUGAAAAGCUUCACCCAUGGUAGGAAUUUUCCAGCAGAAACCAGUUCAAUUGAUAUGGAUGAUAUGGAAGAAUUUAAAGAUAUCCCAGAUUCUUUUGUUGAAAUUCCUCCUAACAAAUAUCCUCUUGUCAUAACGUUUCAUAAGUUCUUAAUGAUGCUUGAUGGAACAUUGGGUAAUUCUUACUUUGAAAGAUUCAGUGAUGUAAGGGACUUUUCUCAUCACAAAACUGGAGCUUCAAGAUCAGUUGCAUUGCAAACUUUUACAAGGGUGAAGGAAGUUAACUAUGACAGGUUCUGUUCAGUUUACUGGCCCCAUUUCAAUACCAAGCUAAUAAAGAAUCUUGAUCCUGCUGUAGUGUUUACUGAAAUAAUUUCCAAUAUAAAAGGUGGCCUGCAAGCAGGGGGAACCCUUGAUGGUAAACUUGAAGACAUUUUCAAUGAGGAUCUGUACAAAAAUCAGGUGAAGGAGAUUCCUGUAUCAUUUCAGUCUGUGGAGCAUUAUCUUGGUUCAUAUGUUUUUCCUUUACUGGAAGAAACACGAGCAGAACUGGCUUCCAGUAUGGAAAUUCUAGACACAGCACCUUUUGCUGUUUUUAAAGAGUGUAAGAUCUAUGGAGAAUUACUAUACGAUGUCAAGGUUGAUUACUGGAGAAACACAUUUAAUGAUCGUGCUAAAGAGCCUUACAGAACGUUGCCUGGAGAUAUUUUUGUCAUCUCAGAUGUGAAACCUGAGACUAUUUCUGAUUUACAACGGGCGGGAAGGACCUGGACUUUUGCAUCAGUCACUAAUAUCACGGAGGAUGAGAAUGAAGAUGAUAGCACAACUACUCAUUUUAGAAUCAAAGCAUCAAAAGACAUUGAAGUUGGGAUGUGGAAGUCCAUGUUUGUGGUUUUCUUGAUGAAUAUAACAACAAGCAAAAGAAUAUGGAAUACGUUGCACAUGUUUACAAAUAUGAAGAUUAUCAAGAAAAUCCUGUGCUCUGAUUCUGUGGUAAGAAAUACAAUGGCAUUAUUGUUCCAUAAACACUGGAAUAUUCAGUUAAAUACAUGGUGGAAGUGA